UCGAUUCAACUCCAGGUCAUUGUUGACCAUAUGCUGCUAAUAACUGAUAGUUUCGUUGGCUGGCCAGGCUGUACUCAUGAUUCCCGCGUUUUUAGAAACUCGCCAAUCUAUGAGGAAUUGGAGAAUGCGAUGCUCAACCCAAAUAUAUUCAUAAUUGGAGAUUCGGCAUAUCCUCUUAAGCCAUACUUAAUUACUCCCUUUAGAGAUAAUGGACGCCUCACUGCUGCACAAAGACAUUUCAAUAGAAAACUGAGUACAUCUCGUCAAACUGUGGAAAGAGGAAUUGGUUUACUUAAGUGUCGUUUCAGGAGGCUUACAAGUUUACCUUGUUUUGAUGUGGAGCGAACAUGUAAAGCUAUUACAGCAUGCUGUGUGCUUCAUAACAUUUGUAUACUUUCAAAUGAUUCAGUGAAUGACAUACUCGACAACAAUUUUCCUGACAACAAUGUUAACAAUUAUGGCCAAUUGUAUGCAAAUGCCCCAACCCGGUGUACAUCGUCGCAAUGAGAUUGUUCAGUAUUUACAGACUUUGUGAUCCACUUAAAUAAAAGACAUCAGAAAAAUAAAAAUUUAUUGAAAAUAAAAAACUGUUUUGUUUACAAUAAAAUCAACAUUCAUAAUAAUGACAUAAUGGGACAAGUUUGUAUAACAAAAGGCCAUUUGGCCAGCUCAGGUGAGCAAA